UGCGCGAUCCGAUCUUACCGCACAUAUGCUAAUCUUGAGCAAAUAACCUCAACCGGCGCCUAUUUUCGCAAAGGAAGAAGCUGCAAUUCGUUCGUGUGAAAAAACACUUUGCCUAGGAAAAGAACCUUUAAUCCGCCUCUACCGACAGUCAGUGGAUUUUCGUGGAUAACUCUACAUUCUGCAGUUGAUGUUCUUGUGAAAGUGAAGGUGAACAAUUGAGAAACGAAUCAAAUAGGCUGAAAAUUUUCGCACACACAGCUGUGUCAAUUUGCGUCGUGUCGUCGCCGUCGAUUGUUUCUGCACGGCUUGAUGCUUCCAGUCUGAUAGAGAAAAGGAAGAAAAUCGAUUGGAAAAAUGUUCUCCACCAAAAAAGAUAUUGAUCGGCAUGUGAAAACGUCUCUAAACAAGCUGCCGGAAAACGAGCGCUAUCUUCGUGGACUGGCAAUAGCGAGACAAUAUUUCAAGCUGAAUGAAUAUGCGAGUGCCGAGCAUUGGCUUUCCUGUUAUCUGUCGGUGCAAGAAGAUAGCGCCCCAGCACACAAACUGCUUGGCCAAUGCUAUGAGAAGCAGAAGAAGUUCGAUCGAGCUAUUACCUCCUACCAACGGUCGCUCCAGCUUGACUCGAAGCAAACCGGACUCAUUACGGAUGUGUGCAAGUUGCUGCUGAUGGAUGACAAUCUGUCUAAGCACUUAUCCAAGGCAAAGCACUGGUGUGAUUUAGCCGAAUCGGAGCGCAUCAACCAUGAGGCGGUACUCAAUCUGAAGCUAAAGGUAGCCAACAAAGACGCCACUACGGACAACAAGUUAGUGAAGGACAUCAUAUUGAAGGAAAUUCUAGCCCGACCGUUGGAUCCCUUGCUACGCGUACGGCUGGUGGAUCAUUUUCUGGACGAGAAAAAGCUGGACGAAGCGUUUAAGUAUUGUUUUGAAUUGGAGAUGAAGUUUUGCGAACCUUUCAUGCAAUCAAGCGAAUGGACAAAUGGUGUGGCGAACAUGCUGUCUAAAUACUCGGAAACGCCGGGCUCCGAUGGGCAUCAAAAGCACUGGAACUACUAUCUGCUGCAGGCGCUCGUGCUAGAUCGGCAGAUUUACUUAAACUUGCUAGCCGACUCCACGAUGGAAACGAUCAAGCGAAGCAAUCUGAAGGAAAUAGCCCAGAAACUGUUCAAGCUCGACCAAACAUUGCAACAGGUCGCGGAGAAAGGUCGUAAUGCAGCCCCGCAAAAGCAGAUGGCAGAUGUGUACCUGCGGCACUAUCGCGGUCAGUUCCUCUUGUACUCAGCUUCGUUGCUAUUUAAGGGAGCGCAGGAUCAGUCGAGUACAGGGCGCGCCAAGGAUACGAGCAAAAAGUGUCUAGCACUGUUACUAAUGGCUUACCAAUGCGGAGUUCCUAAUCCGGACGAACCAUGGUUGAAGCAGAGCAGCGAAAUGGCACGUCAUUUGUUGGGCUUUUGGAACAAACAGGCGGCAUUCCGGUGCUGCCAGGCAGGUAGUACGAUACUGUCGUGCGUCGAGGAGGGUGCCGAUGUGUCCGUGUUGGCUCAAAUACAAACCGUAACUGAGACGAAGGUAUGGACAACCGCAGAUGAUGUAGUGAAUCAGAUUCGUCAACUUUGUUCCGAUCCUGGAUGGCGCCAAAGUGUGUCACGCGCACUUUAUUCCUUCGGUGACAUCUCAUCCAAAGCGGCGUCCGGUGCGUAUUUCGUCAAAGAUAGUGUGGCCUUCGGCGAACCGCAGUAUGUACUGCCGAAACGUGAACAAGUGAACCUGUACGUAGAACUCGCACAAUCCCUGUACCCUUCCUCGCUGCCAUAUCUCGUCUAUCUGGGUCUGGUAAUCGGCACGGAAAAUUUGUCCGAAUUUCGUUGCAAUGCGUUUCCACGGUUGAACUUUUCCACCAACAAUCUCGACAACUGCAACCUGGAAACGUUGAAUCAGCUGGAUAUGGAUUCGUUCCUGUACUGUUCGAUUCUUGUUGCCCAGAGCAACCUGGAUAGCAAACGUCCGAUUACGCAGCAGCAGGGCCGCCCGGCAUUUCUUCCAGCGGCCAAUCUUACCCCGCUGUUGUGUGAGGAUAACAAGAUCGAUUGGUGGAGUGCGGCGUAUAAUUUGAUUAAGAGUAGCACAGCCAAGGAUGCGGCCACCAGUGUAGCCGAGCAGCGGCAACUCUUGCAGCACGGCUUACAAGCGAUUCGCGGAACCGGUGCUCCGCUAUGCGAUGUAAUUGUGUUGUUAAAGUUGGGCCAAGUGCUAGUGCAACGGGCGAGUGCAUCGAAGUUGGUCACACCUGAGGAACGACGUUACAUUGAGAGCCGCAGUGAGUCUGUUUAUCGUGCCGGAGUGCUGUUGUGGAAGAUGCGCAACGAAUCAUCAUACGCUGGCGGCGUGGAAUCGCACGGUGGCUCCGCUGGUUACGGUUCCGAUAUGUUCUUCAAGUACGGUAUCAAAUCUUACGAUUGUCAGCAUGAGGCGGUUAAGCUGGCCGAGUCAGCAAUCACGUUCCUGGCUACGGUAUACUUCAAGCGCGGUAGAUAUGAGGAGUUUACGCAAGACUUCAGUAGUAUUCCAUUGCCUUUCGCUGCGUAUUUUCGCGCGGAAGCUUUCAAAAAGCUGGACGAAUCGAAUAAGACGCCACUGAAGGCAAAGAAGUUCUACUCCGAGCGGGCCCGUGAAUGCAUCCGUCAGACACAGCGCUACCUGGAGUUGCCGUAUAUUGAACGCAACCAUCCGCUCAACUACGUAGUGCAGAGCGAGAUGAAACGCAUGUCGUUCGCAAACGAUUCGUUUGAUGGAAGUUUGAACACAUCGGCUAACGGAGCAGGGGUUGGAGCGAGUGGUGACGAGAGCGACCACUUCCAAUCCUUUACAUCUUCCUUGACAAAUCCUGGGCUUGCUAGUGGUGGUGGAACAGGUGGCGGUGCCUCGUUAUCGCGUAGCAUUACCGAGCGAGAUGCGGCCACUGCGACGGCGGCCGCAUCGAUGUGCCUGGCUAAAACGAAUGAUCUUGAAGCGCUCAUACGCCAGAUGAUGGAAACGCUAACGUUCGUUAAGGAGGACGUACUAGGAAUACGCAAUGACGUAGGCGACAUGCAGGACCGGUUGGUAAAGAUCGAAGAAAACAUGUUCCGCAAGUCAACGGAGUCCUCGGGAGGAAACGGUGCAGCGUCAUCGACACCGAUAGUGAACGAAACCGCGACGGUAAGUGCGGCAGCCGCCGCUGCGGCUAUGCAGGCCAUGAACGAGAUUUACAUGGAUGAGUUUCAGAGUUCCGCCUCGGCACUAGCGUACCAGCAUGCAGCAGCUGCAGCGGCAGCCGCUGUUCGUACCCCGGUCAUGGGUGGAAUGGCAACAUCGCAGCAACCCGGUCCCAGUAUACCGUACCACAAUCUGUACGGUGCCAAUGCAUAUCCCAACUACCUGCCUCAACAUCAGACGCAGCCACAGCAUCAACCGAUGCUAACUCCUCGUGGACACCCGAUGGCCGGAGCGAUGGCAGCCUCUCCUAUGCACACGAAUGCCGCUUAUCAACAUCAUCCGGAUGGUCUGCUGGUACCGGCUGGUGGAUCGCCUGCUGCCGGUGGUUAUCAGCUGCCAGCUUUCCAGCAAACAGUUCUACCAACGCAACCGGAAUCUCAGCUUUCAAUGAUGCAUUCUACGCCGACAGUAUCACAAAUCACGACACCAUCAUCGUCGAUUGGUCCAAAACCCGUCAACAGUGGCGCAAAUCUUUCAAUCGAACAAUCGCUGCAGACGCCGGCUCUUCUUAGCAGCUGGAAUAACACGUAUAACAGCACGUACAAUGCACCGACUUCCGCACCGUCCGUGCCUACUAUUUUGCCCGCGUAUCUAUCAUCCAGCGCGGAAGCAAAAGGUGGCGCACCUGUAAACGUGGUCAUUACCAGUUCGGACCCAUUACCACCUCCGCCCAGCAUAAAUAGCUCCACCUUUGCCGCCGGUUCGACUGUGCAACCGACGUACAGUGUAACGAUACCACCGCAGCACAUUAAACACAGCAACACAGGUGGCAGCAUUGGGCAGGGAACUACCGGCAAUAAUAACACACCAAAACCGGAACCUGUUCAAUCCGUUACCGUCAACACGAAAUUCCCAAUGCCUUCGAUCCUGAUGGCUGGCGGAGGAUCGAGUGAUAAAUCCAGUGCAGGCGCUGUUCCUGCGGCACUCACGCCUUCAUUCUUUGCGAACAUGAUAUCCCCAGCUAAGGCCGCAAACGAUGCCAAUCAGGGAGUUGAGGAAGACGAUGAUGACGAUAGGAACGUGUCAGGUGGCGUUGAGUACGAUCCUCGACCGGACUUCCAGCCGAUCAUUCCACUGCCCGAUGAGAUCGUUGUGCGCACGGGUGAGGAAGAUGAGGAGCAAAUAUUCAGCGGACGUUCGAAGCUGCUUCGUCUGGUUGAGCGCGAGUGGAAAGAGCGUGGGCUGGGAGAACUGAAGAUACUCCGCUCGAAAGCGGACCCGAGCAAGUAUCGGAUUGUUAUGCGCCGCGAACAGGUCCAUAAGAUCUGUGCUAAUCACUACAUCACACCGGAGUUAAUUAUCAAACCAAUGGAGAAGCGCAAGGAAUGUUACAUCUGGGCAGCGAUGGACUUUGCCGACGAGGAACCGAGAAAGGAAUCGUUCUGUGCACGCUUUGGCACUAGCGCUCUAGCGAACGAGUUCUAUACCGCGUUCAUCACAGCAAGAGAAGAGGUAGCUCGGCUGCGAGCCGAUGGUGGACAUCAACAGAGCAUGACAUCAGGUCCACCACCGGCCACAACACCGGGAAGCUUUGCCUUUAGCAGCACUCCAAAAUCCGCUGCGCCAAGCACACCGGCAUCAUCUACAGUAUCGAAACCUUUCGGAGAGUUCACCUUUGCGAAAAAUUACACACCGCCAACGCCGGUUGUUGGCACUAAAACAACCUCGAAACCUACGGAUAUUUCUACGGCCCCCACCGGAACUGUCGCUAGCGAUGGCGGUAAACCGAGCCCAUUCUCAUCAUUUACAUUUAAAGCGCAAACACAAACGGGCGGUAUAGGAUCUUCCUCUGCUCCAUUUGGUAAUAUAUUUGGUGGACUUACAGGCGUGUCUCUUGGAUUCGAGGAACGUGACUUCGUGUGUUCCCACGAAGCGCCCGUAAUCGGAUUGAAGCGUAAGGAAAAGGAGUCCGGUUUUUGGAUGGACUGUGGCGUUAGCAGCGGACAAUUGCGUCUUCUUACAUCCACGGCAAACGUGCGACUGUUAAUGCGAAACAGUGAGAAGCCUACCACCGUGUAUCUGAACCACAUCUUAAGCAAAGACGCACAGGUUAAACCUGCUGAUAAAAAUGCUUGCAGCUGGACCGCCCAACAAGAUGCUACGUAUCCUACAGCAACAGGACCGCUUAACUUUAUGGCGCUCUUUAAAACUACCGACGAUCGCGAUCGUUUCGUAAUGGCCGUGCAGAAAUUUAGCGCUAGUGCAUCUGUCACAGCUCCGGCAGCUCCGGUAACUACCAACGUCGGUUUCGGUGAUCUCUUCAAACCAAAGUCCGGAAGCUGGGAAUGUCCCGGGUGUUACUUAAGCAAUAAGGCUGAUGCAACGCUAUGUGCCGCUUGCAAUGAACCGCGUGAUCCAACGAAGAAAGAUGAACAGAAAGCUACAUUGUCCGGUGGAGGGUUGUUCGGUAAUCUUGCACCCCCGAAGGAAGGAGCGAGUAAAUUUACGUUUGGUAUGCCUCCGUCCUCAGCUACCGUAACACCGAUUGCGUUUGGUUCUGCUACCGUCGCUAGUGCAGGUGUCAAAAAAUCUCAAGAACAACCGAUCAAGCCUAUACCGGCUACUUCAACACCGGCAAAAAGUGGAGGAUUUGGCGAACAAUUCAAACCGAAACCAGGCUCAUGGAAUUGCAAUGCUUGCUAUCUAUCGAACGGUGCAGAUGCGUUGUACUGUGUGAGCUGCGAAAGCCCGAAGGAUGAUACGGUUCCGAAGAAGACGGCUGGCGGAAUGACAUCUACAAGCGGACUGCUGAAGGCGGCCGAUACAAUGCCGAAGUUUAAUUUCGCAGCCGGUGGUGGUUUUACCUUUGGCGUGUCACCAUCUACGACGGCUACCAAUGUCACUGCUGGAUCGGUGGUGACCGUGACAGCCGCUAGUACGACUACCACCACCACUACUGCCGGUAGCCUUUCGCAACAGCCGAUUUUCGGAGGAGGAUUUUCUUUCGGAAGUACCCUGAUACCGCUACAGAACACAACAGCGAGCACAGCGGAAAGCACUGUCGUCGCUACACCAGAGAAACCCGUUUUCAAAUUCGAACUACCAACACCAGCCGGAGGGCUUUCCUUCGGUUCAAAGUUAACACCGAACACUGCUGCGUCAAAGUCGGGCAGCGCUGGUGGCGAUGGGCAGGGCACUGCAACGUCAGCAAUUAGCAUGCUGGAUCCACCAGAGAAAGCUACCUUUGGGUUUGUGUUCAAGCCCAAAUCACCUGGCCGAACGCUUAGUGGCGACGGCGGUGAUGGAGUCGAGGAUGAUGGGGCCGCCGCUGAUAGCAGCGUGACGGAGGAGGAAAACAAUACCUAUUUUGCUCCCGUUAUUGCACUACCGGAUAAGGUCGAUGUGAAAACUGGCGAAGAGGACGAGCACGUGCUGUAUGCUCACCGUGCUAAACUUUAUCGGUUUAUUCAUUCUGAGUGGAAGGAGCGUGGCAUCGGUGAUGUGAAGAUUUUAAAGCACAAAGAGACAGAAAAGCUGAGAGUGGUAAUGCGGCGUGAGCAGGUGUUGAAGAUUUGUCUCAAUCAUGCACUCACCGAUGACAUCUGCUACACCUUAAAGGACGAUAAGUCGUGGCAGUUUGUAGCAAACGACUUCUCCGAAGGCACCUUUGAGAUUAUGAACUUCUGUCUGCGGUUUAAAUCUAGUGACAUUGCGCAAGAAUUUCGUGACGCGAUUACGGACGCGCUGAGCGGAAAGUUGAACGUUUCCUUGUUGGAUGGAAAAAAUGAUACGAAAAUCACAUCCCCAACGCAUAACGAUACGACGAUCACGUCCACCAGCUCGCCGAUCGGUGCAUUAAAUUUUUCCAAACUGAGCGACAUUUCACUAAAUGAUCGCGAAACGGCACAGAAACUGAAGCUGCCGGACAACUUUUUCGAAAGUUCAUCCACGCCUUGUGCCGGUUGUCGUGGAUGUGAUUCGGAUGCUUUCGUUUUUCCGACCGUAGGAGGAAUGCAGUUCGGGGCCGAAAACGACAAUGAAAUGCCUCUGCCGGUCGAUAUUAAGAGCGUAAAACCCUUACCUCCUGUGGCGCCAAGUAGUUCCCCAAAGAAAGUAUCAUUUGCAGCGUCUUUUGGUGGUGCGGCACAAAGUUCGGAAGUGUUUGGUGGAGAUAAGACAACAAAGACAAGUGUAACGGCGCCUGUUGCACCCGUACCUGGUUUGUUCUCGGGUUUAUCGUUCAAGGUGCCCUCGGCCCCUGGUAGUACUGCUGCUAGUGCGACAAAUACGUUCUUGUCCGCUGAACAAAAGUCAUCAUCAUCGCCGUUCAUGUCUGCACCUUCAAUUUUCGGUGGAGGACAGCCAUCCUCCACAACGGACCAAACACCUACGAGUGGUUCAAAUGCUAAGUUUGCGUUUGGAAGUGCUACUGGAAUUGGAUCUGCUGCUUCUGGUGGGUCAAUCUUUUCAGCAUCGCUCAAUACUACACCGAAAACAUCGUUCGUUUCUCCCCCUGCUAGUACGCUUGGAACCGGUGUGCAAGUAACAUCUACCACAGUUGACGACCCGAAAGAAUCCAAUACCAGUGUUGCUGCAAAACAGACUACCAGCAGUCCGUUGCUGCAACCCGCAUCCCUAACCACAACCCCGACAGUAAAACCGGUGGAAGGUGCAGGAACAUUCUUCGGAUCAUCGGUCAGCGGGUUCGGUUCCGGCGGUGCAGGUGUUUUCGGAUCAACAGGCGGGACGAACAUUUUCGCUGGGAGUAACAUUUUUGGUUCGAGCACAAAUACCACCAGCACACCGACGACAAAUAGCAACAGCAGUAACACUACUCCAGUAAACGCGACCAGCAAUUCGCCGCUUUUUGGCAGUGUAGCCUUUGGCGAUGCUGGUACAACUUCCGUUUUUGGUGGCGGCAGUGGUUUCACGUUCGGAAGCUUAGCCAAACAAUCGGCAAUAGCUAGUGGCAAUAGCGCCUCGAAUAACAGUAGCGAUGCAUCAUCGAUUUUUAAAAUGGAUGAUAGCGUAAGCUUUGCGACACUGGCUAGCAGCAACAGUCCAGCCUUCAGUAACGUAACGAAGCAAACGGAAGACGGUAGCAAACCUGCCGGAGGUUUCGUGGGACUAACCGUGAAGGAAGAUUUCUUUUCACGUUCUGCCUCUGGCAAGUUAAACAACAGUACAGAUGGAGGAGCUAACGCUGCGGAGCCCAGUAACGGCAAUGCAGAAGAUGCAGCGACGGGCGGUGGAGAUGGUGCUGGCGCAACCGCUGGGGAUGAAAAUUAUGAUCCGUAUUAUGCCCCCGUCAUUCAGCUACCAGAUGAGAUAGAAGUGCGCACCGGUGAGGAGGAGGAAACAAAAGUAUUUGGUGAACGUGCCAAGCUGUAUAGAUAUGAUUCGACCACGAAGGAAUGGAAAGAACGAGGUGUUGGAGAGCUGAAAAUUUUACAUCAUCCAGUGCGAAACACCUACCGAUUGCUGUUACGCCGUGAACAAAUCUUCAAGCUCGUGCUGAACCAUGCCAUCACUGGGGAUCUUGCCGUAACGCCUAUGAAUAAUUCUGACAAGGCUUUCGUUUGGGGUGCCAUGAAUCAUGCCGAAUCGCCCGGUCAGCUGGAACAAUUAGCUGCUCGGUUUAAGAACGAAAGCAUCGCGUCCGAAUUCCGCAGCACGCUCGAGAAGUGUCAAGAAAAAUUGCGCUCCCGGCCAGAUCUCGAGCCGGAUCAGGAUUAAUAAGAAUGUUUCUGUUCAGACGAAUCGCUGGGACGUUAUCUUCAUGUGCUGGGAGUUCUUCUGUUAGUAAUAUUUGUAGCGCGAUGCGUGCCGCAAAAUGCUAUACCCACAUUCACCUAAGUAACGGUUACGCUACAACAAUACUAUAAUUGAAUAACGUAUUAUGUUUUUCGGCUAUUAGUAUUCACUAUUACGGUGUUUUUAAAUAAUGCGCGUGUGUUAUGGCAAUGGUUAUGUAUCCUAAAAAUCUUUGUGUUUGUAUUAUGCUUAGGGGUAAUGCGAGUUACUACAUUGUUCAAAUUUGGCACGGUAUUAUUUAGGAUCAGUAAUAGGGUUUCAUUUACAUUUUAUUCGUAAGCCACUGAUAACCAUGCGCAUAGAUUGUUAUAAUUAAAGCAACGAAUCGAAAGAGCAGCAAAGAACAAAAUCAAGAACAAAUAAAUAAGACAUUACAAUACAUAGAAGAAGAAAAAAAAGUUAAUGGUGUAUUUGUUU